UCUUUUUAAUAAACAUGAAGAUUCCUCCGAUAGGAAGGAAUCAAAGGGUGGAGGGGGUGAAAUCAAGACUUUGAAAAGAAGAAAAAAAGGGAGGGAGAAGAUUGGAGAUUUGGAGGGAAACGAAAAUAUAGCGCUAAAAGAGCAGAGCUGACAUCCAAUUUCCUAACCCUUAACAACACAUCUAUCGCCGAAACCCUAGAUUCCUUUUUACGCAUUGCUUCAUUUCUGUUUCUCCUCCAGACUUCCCUGUUGUUGCUUUCUAAUUUCCUUCAAAAUCUAAGUAAUACAACAACAUUCAGCUUUUGUGACCAUGAAUAAUAAACGGCUAGGUUACCGGGAAAUAGUGUUGGGAUUGAAGUCCAAGUGUGCUUACAAUGUUAAAAAUGAAACCGAGGAAUCAAGCCAAACACCGGUUCAACGCACGAGGAAAACUGUGUUGGGAUUGAAGACCAAUGGUUCAAGUCUUGAAAAUGGAACCACGGAAUUAAGUCAAACACCAUGUCAGCACAAGAGCCCGCGAUCUGGAAGAAAAGAAAACAUGGUUACUACGAGUUCUAGGGUCUUACGCUCAAAGUCUCAAGAAAAACCUAAGGUUCAAGAACCGGUUGUUGCUCCUUCGCUAGAUGCUGGAAGCAAGGAAAAGAGGAGAAAGAAGAUGAAGAAGACACAAAAAGAUAAUAAUAAUAAUAAUAAUGAGUUUUCAAAAAUUCAAAGACAUUUAAGAUAUUUGUUAAGUCGAAUGAACUAUGAGCAAAACUUCAUUGAUGCUUAUGUUGGCGAGGGCUGGAAAGGGCAGAGCCUAGAAAAAAUAAGACCAGAGAAGGAGCUUGAACGCGCCAAAUCAUAUAUUCAUCGUUACAAGUUGAAAAUAAGAGAUUUAUUCAAACAAAUUGACACAUCAUGUGAGGAAGGAAGGAUUCCAGAAACUUUAUAUGAUUCUGAAGGGGAAAUCGACAGUGAGGAUAUAUUCUGUGCGAAAUGUGCACAGUCAGAAGUCCAGCUUGAUAAUGAUAUUAUUCUUUGUGAUGGCGCAUGUGAACGUGGAUUCCAUCAAUAUUGUUUGGAUCCCCCUCUAUUGAAAGAACAAGUUCCUCCUGGCGAUGAAGGGUGGCUUUGCCCCGCUUGUGAUUGUAAGGUUGACUGUGUUGACUUACUCAAUGAUUCUAUGGGGACUGAUCUUUCUAUUGAAGAUGGCUGGGAGAAGGUUUUUCCUGAAACUGCAGCCUCUGGGAAUACGUUGGAUGAUAAUUUAGGGCUUCCAUCUGAUGAUUCUGAAGACGAUGAUUAUAAUCCCGAUGCUCCACAGGUGGAAGAAGAUGAUAAUAAUAAUCCUGAUGGUCCACAGGAGGAAGAAGAUGAGAUAGAUGCAGAGGAUUCUAGCUCUGACGAGUCUGAUUUCUCUUCUGCAUCUGAGGAUUUAGGGGAAUUUGCAAAGAAUACGUUGGCUGAUAAUUUAGGGCUUCCUUCUGACGAUUCAGAGGAUGAUGAUUUUAAUCCUGAUAAACCAGAUUCAGAUGCAGAGGCUAAGAAGGAAAGUUCUACUUCAGAUUUUACAUCUGAUUCAGACGAUGACGAUCUUGGCGACAUAAAGAAUGAAGUGACAUCAGAUGAAGUUCACGGGCCUGUCGUGUCUCAAGAUGAAGAAAAAGUAAUAGAAGCAAAUAUGGAAAAUGACGAUUUUGCCCCUAUAACCGCAAGGAGAAAUGUCGAGCGACUGGACUACAAAAGGCUGCAUGAUGAGGCGUAUGGAAAUGUUUCAUCAGAUUCAAGUGAUGAGGAUUUUUCUGAUUCUGAAGCUCCAAGUAAACGGAAAAAUACCAAAGGAGCAACGGAUAUGAAAUCUAACAAAAAACAGAAACAAAGUGAAUCAACACCUGUAGGUAACAAGUUAGAUAUUGAGGACACAAGUAGUUCUCCAGCACACAAGGAUAAAACUGGUUACAGAUUGUCAUCGUGUAAAAAAUUCGGGGACGCCACUACUCAGAGGCUGAAUGAAGUUUUCAAGGAAAACCACUAUCCUGAUCGUGGUGUAAAAGAGACUCUGGUCAAAGAAUUGAAUCUAACUCACCGUCAGGUCAGCAAAUGGUUUGAAAAGGCUCGUUGGCGGUUAAAUCACCCUGAAGGGCGUGGUAAAUCAGUUAAAUCACCUCUCAAACCUGCAAAAAUUUUAGUAACAGAUCAAACAGACAAGUUUUGUGAACAGGUUUUAGGGCUUCCUUCUGACGAUCCAGAGGAUGAUGAUUUGGACCCUGAUGAACGAGAUUCAGAUGAUGAAGAUCUGAAAGAAAAUUCUAGUUCAGAAGAUGUUGGGGACAUAAAGAAUGAAUUGACGUCAGAUGAAGCUCAAGAGCCUGUCAUGUCUCAAAACAAAGAAAGCUUAACCGAAGGAAAUAUGGAAAAUGGCGAUUUAGGACCCAUAACUGCAAAAAGAAAGGUCGAGAGGCUGGACUACAAAAAGCUGCAUGAUGAGGCGUAUGGAAAUGUUUCAUCAGAUUCAAGUGAUGAGGAGUUUUUAGAUUCUGAAGCUCCAAGUAAACAGAAAAAUACCCAAGGAGUAAAGGAUAUGAAAUCUAACAAAAAACAGAAACAAAGUGAAUCUACACCUCUAAGUAACAAGUUAGAUGUCGAGGACACAAGUAGUUCUCCAGCACACAAGGAUUCUAGCCAAAAUAAUGGUAACAGGUCAUCAAAUUAUAAAAGAAUUGGGGAAGCUGCUACUGAGAGGCUGAAUGAAGCUUUCAAGGAAAACCAUUACCCCGAUCACGAUGGCCGAGAGAAUUUGGCCAAAGAAUUGAAUCUCACUUACAAUCAGGUCAGCAAAUGGUUCGAAAAUGCGCGCUGGCGGUUUAAUCACCCCGAAGGACGCGCUAAAUCAGUCAAAUCACCUCUCAAACCUGCGGAAAAGGUGGCAACGAAACAGGAAAACGGAGUAAUCUCUACAGCCCCAAAUUCUAGAAAGAGAAAAACAAAUGCAGAUCUUCAAGCUUCCCAAAUGGAUUCAUCAGACAAGACUACUCGUAGAAGUGGCCGUGUUCGGGCUAAACAAUCAUGACAUUUUUCCUAAUAUUUGUUAAACAAUUUGUCAAGUUCUGAUCUUUCAUGGAGGGUUUAAUGACCAGACUUGCCAAAAAGAAACAUUUUAAAUAUUAAUAUGGCGGUGACAUUCGAAGGAUGGAGUCCGUUGGUACAUGUCAUCUUAUUGGGUGAUUUUAGGCCUAAUGUUCCGUUUUUGCCGGUGUUGUAGCAGUUUUAGCUGCUUGUCACAACCAUGUGUUACAUUUGUUUAAUUCUGCAUUAGUUUUUCUUAGAACUUGUUUUUGUUGUCACAAAGUAGACAUUUUACUCGAGAUAUGUUUCUAGAACAAUGAGUAUUCUCGAUGUACCUUCUGUCAAUUUCGGAAUGAUUUUAGUAAAGUUUGUAAGACCAUGUGUUAAUGCUUA